AAAUAAUAAUAAAAUAAAUUUCUGUAGUAAUAAUAAAUUCAAGGAAAAAGACAGAGAGAGAAAAGCCAACUCAUUAAAAGCAAAAUCGGAUCUGUCCUUUGUCCGUAGAAGAAGAAAGAAGAUGGGAUUGCUCUCGAACAAGAUCUCCAGAGAUGAACUCAAAGCAGGCGAUCACAUCUAUUCAUGGCGUUCUUACAUCUAUACCCAUCACGGAAUCUAUGUAGGAGAUGGGAAAGUAAUUCAUUUCACACGUGGAGGUGGUUUAGAGAUUGGAACAGGGACUAUUCUGGACAAGAUCAUCGUUAGUUCUGUUCCUCAUCAUGGAGACAACCCUUGUCCUGAUUGCGGAGAUCAAACCAAUCUCAACGGUGUGAUCUCCUCUUGUCUUGACUGUUUUCUCUCCGGAGGAAACCUCUAUCUCUUCGAGUACAAUGUCUCCAAGGCCAUCUUUCUCGCUAAACAGCGAGGAGGUACCUGCACUAUCGCAGCUUCGGAUCCUCCUGAAGACGUCGUUGCACGCGCGAAGUUCCUCUUAUUGAGAAAUGGGUUUGGUGAGUACCAUCUCUUGGACAACAACUGCGAAGAUUUCGCCAUCUAUUGCAAAACUGGUUUGCUCGUGUUGUCCGUGACCAAGUCGGGGAGUAGUAGCCAGGUGAAUUCGGUGUGUGCAGCGGGCGGUGUUGUUACUUUGACACUCAGGGCGUUAGGUGUGGGAACGAGUGGUUCCUUGGCGACAGCGUCUCCAGCUUUGACGGUUUCUGCUUCAACGAGUGCUCUUUCUACGACGCUUGGAGCUGUGGCUACUGGUGUUGGAGCUAUUGCUUUGACGGGGUAUGGUAACUACUGUAUUGGUCGUCUGGCUUAUGAUGUUGGUGUGAGGAAAGAUGUUCGCAAGGUCCCUGUGGAAGAGCUGGUUGCACUUAUGGCAGUUAUACAAGGGAAAUCUGAAUCAGACAACAACAACAACAAGAUCGAGUCUAAACUUAAUUAGCAUUUGUUUUGGUUAAUGAGUUGGUGACUAAUUUGUUAUGUAUUGUGUAAACUGUGUUUUUGACUAUUUAUGAAAGUGGAACAUACAGUAAAAAUAUAUUAAAUGAGAGAAAUUGAGAGUAAAUACCACAAGCUCCUUCUUCAGAGCGGUUGUAAUUUUAUUGGUUUAGUUAAAGAUAUAUGUAUAUGUUCGUUCAUAA